CAUGGAGGGGGACAAGGUCCCCGUAGCUACUGGCUCUGACCCUGCUAAGCCAGAUUGUGGAAUCUGGAACUUCAAGGCUGCUAAAAUGUCAGAUGCCAGAAUUGACCCGGAGUUCCAAACCGUGGACAUGCAAAUGGACCCCGAAGAGAGUGGCGAAAGCAAGGCCAGCCCUGGGAACGCUACAGAAACACAGCCCAGGGCAGCUGCGUCCUCCACUCCCAAAUUCACUCUUUACCCACGGCCUCAGGCUGACCCAUAUGAUGCCAGGAAGUAUUUUGUGACCAGGCCAGGAGCUUUUGACCAAGCUGUGGAAGACCUGAGAGCCCACGUGGUGGAGAACAUGGGAGAAACAGCCCACGGGUUCUGGAUUCUCACCGAGAUCGACCACUGGAACAACGAGAAGGAGCGCAUCGUGGUGAUCACAGACACGGCUCUGCUGGUCUGCAAGUAUGAUUUCAUCAUGUUAAAAUGCCUCGAGCUGCGGAGGAUUCCCCUGACCGACGUCAGCCGCAUCUGCCUGGGAUCCUUCACCUUUCCAGAGCGGUCAUUGGACAGGUGA